UAUGUUCAAGCAAGUCUUCAACUCUCAUCUUGUGUCUCCAAAAAUUGUACCUACAUGAGCAAGGCGCUGUAGACAUGGCUGUGAGCCGGGACCUACUGUCGGUGCCGCUGCGACUAUACAUCUAUGGACUGCACGGCUUCUUCACGGAAGUCAUCUUCACCGCCAUCUGGGACUUCGUGCUCAAACAGGACUUCCGGUUCCACGGGUGUACCAGCAUCUGGUCUCUGUUCAUCUACGCGACCGGCGUGUUCGUCAACGAGCGACUGUUUCUGCGGAUGCGGGACUCUGUGCCGAUACUGGUGCGGGGCCUCGUCUACGUCCUCUGGACCUACACCUGGGAGUACAGCACCGGGCGCGUGCUGGACUUUUUCGGCGCCCGGCCGUGGGACUAUACCGAGCUGCAGUACAACAUCCACGGCCUGAUCGCGCUCGAGUUCGCGCCGCUCUGGUACUGCGCCUGUCUGGUCAGUGAGCAGUUCCUCAUCAGUCAGAUCCUGCGACUGAGUUGGGGCGCCGGCGGCGACCGGCCGGCGCGGGCCGGGAAGGCGGCGCCCAGCCCGCCGGCCGCGCCGCGCAGAGAGGAGAGGAACGGAUACGGACCCGGCGGGGAGAAGAGCGCAGGAGGAAGGGGAAACGGGACCAGAGGAGACGGCGGCAGGGCAGCCACCAAGGCCGGCAAACGGAGAAACGGGCAGAACGGAACCGCGAGACAGGCGGCCGCGGGCAAGGCCGGAGGACGGCAAAACGGUGCCAAAAACUGACUGUUCACUGAGUGAAUACCGACAGAGCUCGGCUGGGAAAGACGACCUCUUCAACUCCUACUUCAUGCAAAGUGAAGCUCAAUAAGGUUAAGGAAAAGACUAUUACGAUGCAUUAUUUGAUGUUGCUAUGUAAGCUCAUUUUUAGCUUGUUAGAUGUUGAUGUUGAUGAGGCAAAAUUUUGUAAUUUGAAAUGAAUAUGUUAAUAAUUAUGAAGCCAACUGUAACGCAUAAGUUUCAUUAUGUGACCUGCCGUACUCCAUGGCCGAACUACACUUGGAUAAAGACACGAAACGGCGAGUAUCGAGUCAUACGUAGGUUUAGCUCGUGGGAGCAGAGUAAGUAGAUAACAUGCGUUGCAACAACGCUUUGUCUAACGUCCUAUAACUUCUGUCCCUUUAUCAAUCAUAGUGCACUGUGUUCUGUGAAAUUGUUACGCAGAAUAUCCUUCAAAUUUCAGCGAUUGUCGUAGCAUCAUCGCGCUCAAUCAUAGCUGUUUGUUGCACUUCAGAAGUAGGUAAGUAUCUCUUACUGCCACACUAAGCCUGUACAUCAACACUGACUCCCAUGGUAUUCGAGAGGUAGUAACUGGGGUACGCGCCAUGUGGUAGAGUCAUUCUUAAUGUAGCGUUGAGCAUGCAUCGAACGAGGUCGGUCUCAAAUCGAGACAGGGCAAUCGAGUUCGAAACCGUUCAGCCGUUUCGAAAGGUUAGUCGUAAAAUAAUCCCAGACAUCCAAUACGUUUCUCGGUAGCGUAAAACCGUCUCUGUAGUUUCCAAUCAACCUUUACAAUGUCUGCAGGACAUUGCCAGACCUCUAUCACGGCGAGCAAUUGACUCGCCACUUUCUCUUUGUGAAAACUGUACAAUGUACGUCGUACGAGCAUUAUCAUACAGCCAUAUAGGCCGGGCUAGCAAGGUGCCAGAAGUGUGCCAGAGUGUUCAAUUCCUCCUACCCGCACAUUAACAGACUCUGAACAGCCAACACGGCAAAGAGGUACCAUGGGAAGUCUGUAGAUUGUUCUACUGCUGCCCAUUAGCGGCAGCUGACGAGCCGUGACUCCCCUUCGGUUGUCAUGGCGACCGGUGCACGCAGAAGCAGACAGCCCGCACUAUCAAGACCGCAGUAACCUCGCACCCGCCGUAGACAGGGUUUUAUAGAGAUUCAAAAUAAAUACAUCAGUCUGU